AAAAGAAAAAUGUUUUAUUGUAAAUAAGCCAAAUAAUUAGGCAUACGGAAAAUUCAGGAAUAGUAACAACAAUGAAUAAUGAUGCAAUAUCACAGAGAAAUGAAAUGGUUCAGGUGGCGAUACGUUGCAGACCGAUGAAUGACAAGGAAAUUGCAAAAAACUACUCUUGUGUUGUGAAAAUUGAACCUUCAGACACUGUGAAACUCUAUGAUCCAAGACUAGCUAAUUCAGCUCCACCUAAAACAUUUGAAUUUGAUGCAACCUUUGAUGGGACUGCUAGUCAGAGUGAAGUUUAUGAUAGAAUGGUACAACCCUUAGUGGAUGCUGUAUUAAGUGGGUACAACGGAACAGUGUUUGUCUUUGGUCAAUCGGGUUCAGGAAAAACUUACACAAUGGAGGCAUCAGACUGUGAAACCGACAAAGGAAUACUUCCAAGAACAUUCCAUAAUAUUUUUGAGAAUAUUUCUAAAUCAUGUGAUACACAGUAUCUUAUUCGUAUAUCCUAUUUAGAAAUAUAUAAAGAUGAAAUAAGAGAUCUACUUGAAAGGAAAAUUGACAAGAAAUAUGAGAUUAGGGAAAGCAAAGAUUCUGGGGUAUAUGUGAAAGAUAUAAGUUCAUACGUUUGUAAAAGCCAAAGAGAAAUAAAUAAGAUUAUUAAAGCAGGAAGACGAAACAGAAUUGUUGCUUCGACUGACAUAAACGAAAGAAGUUCCAGAUCACAUGCGAUUGUUAUGAUCACUGUAGAGAUGAAGGAUUUGUCUGAAGGUAGAGUUAGAGUAGGAAAACUGAAUCUUGUUGACUUAGCUGGAAGUGAGCGACAAAAUAAGACUUGUGCUGAGGGGGACCGGCUAAAAGAAGCGAAUAAAAUCAAUUUAUCUCUAUCGGCUUUGGGAAAUGUUAUAUCUGCUUUAUCUGAGAACAAAAGCAAUUACAUUCCAUAUAGAGAUUCUAAAUUAACACGUAUAUUGAAAGAUUCUCUAGGAGGGAAUUCCAAAACUGUUAUGAUAGCUAAUAUUGGUCCCGCUUGUUAUAAUUAUGAUGAAACUUUAAAUACUCUACGCUAUGCAUCUAGAGCAAAGAAUAUAAGGAAUGUUCCACAAGUUAAUGAAAACCCUGUAGAUACUCUUAUAAGAAGAUACCAAGAAGAAAUAAAAAUACUUAAGUCUCAGCUUCAAGAAAGAGUAGCAGAGAAAAACUUGUGUAAUAGUAAUGCAAGAAUAACUGAAUUUGGAGAUUCACAGAAGAAUUACUUGAUAACAAAAGGAAAUAAUGAAGUUUCAGUUCAAAAAAGUAUAACUGACGUCACAAAAUGCCAUGGUAAUAACAAAAUAAAAGAAAAUGACUCUAUUAUGGACUUAAAGAAACAAAUAGAUUUAAUGGAAAGUAACCUCUUAGUAGGAAACAAGAACAUUCUUGAGUACACCGAGGAACAGAAAAAGUCACUAGAAAAGCGUGAUCAAAAAAUAAACCGAAUUAAGGAACGGGAAGAGGAAAUUCAUCAAGUGAUCGAAAAGGAAAAGGAAUUCACAGAAGGGAUAAAAAAGGACUUUUAUAACCUCAAACAAGAAGUCGAGUAUAAAAGAAAGGAUUUAACAAAAAAAUACUUUAGAUUGCAAGAAAUUCACCAGGAGAUACAAGAUGCGAAGGACGAGUAUAAUGAAGACAGACGAGAGCUUGAGAUCACCCAGCAAGAAAUUCUGAAAGACAUCAAGCUAAAACUCUUGAUAAUAGAGAAUUUCAUCCCAAAAGAAAAACGUAGACAACUUUACCCUAGGAUGUAUUAUGAUCCGAACUUAGAUUCAUGGCAGCUAAAGCCAAACUAUGAGUUUGUUGAAGGAAUUUCAAAACCUAGAUGUUUCAGAAACAAUAAGAGUCAUGAACAUGUGUCAAAAAGAACCAGACAUAGAUUUAGACAAAGUCUAAAAGACAAUAGAAUUCUUAAACCUCAUAAUUUCAAGGGAGACAAUAUCCUAGAUUUAGAUCUUAUUAGGCCUCCUCCAACAACGAAAGAGUAUCUAAAUACAAGUUUACCAACUAGGUUGAAUACUGCUUUUAAGGCUGCCUUACAACUUGAAGAAGAUAUUGACAUUGAUGCCAAAAUGUGUUUAAGUGCUCAUAAAUUCACCACAACUUCAUCGGAUUCUUUGGAGUUAAUAUUCAAAGACAUUUUCCAUCAAACAUCCAGUAGAACUCAGAAGUUCACUACAAGUACCCCAAACUAUCCAAAAGCAAGAGGUUUAGUUCCAAAAUAAAUAAGUUACAACGGUGCCGUUUUUGUUAAUUGAUAAACCAGUUUCUAUGUAAAUAUGGCAUAGCUUAUGAAUCAACUAAGACUCAUUUUGAUACGGUGACAAAACAUAUUCUUAGCUUGUUCAUGUCAAGCUCUGCUCUUUGACCCUUCAUGCUGUCUUAGAAUAGUGAAGAGGGGUUUUUAAUAUAA